AUGUGUUAUAUUGUUCCAGCUGGUCUUGUCAAACGUGGACGUGGAGCUGAAGUAUUAUGACCUUGGUCUGCCGUGCCGCGACCAGACAGACGACCAGGUCACCAUUGACUCAGCCAUCGCCACCAUGAAGUACAACGUGGCUGUCAAGUGUGCCACCAUCACCCCGGAUGAAGCCAGAGUCGAUGAGUUCAAGCUGAAGAAGAUGUGGAAGAGUCCCAACGGAAGCAUCAGGAACAUUCUGGGCGGAACCGUCUUCCGAGAGCCGAUCAUCUGCAAGAACAUUCCCCGUCUGGUCCCUGGUUGGACGCAGCCAAUAACGAUCGGCAGACACGCCUUUGGUGACCAGUACAGAGCCACUGACUUUGUGAUCACCAAGCCAGGGAAGUUUAAGAUGGUGUUCACCCCAGCUGAUGGCAGCAAGGGGAGUGAGUGGGAGGUCUUUGACUUCGUCUCAGGAGGCUGUGGGUUGGGCAUGUACAAUACUGAUGAGUCCAUCACAGGGUUUGCCCACAGCUGUUUCCAGUAUGCCAUCAAUAAGAGGUGGCCUCUAUACAUGAGCACUAAGAACACCAUCCUUAAGUACUACGACGGACGCUUCAAGGAUAUCUUCCAGGAGAUCUUUGAGGAGAACUACAAGCCAGAGUUUGACAGGCUGAAGAUCUGGUACGAGCACCGCCUCAUUGAUGACAUGGUGGCACAAGUCCUCAAGUCCUCCGGAGCCUUCGUCUGGGCCUGCAAGAACUACGAUGGAGACGUUCAGUCUGACAUAUUGGCUCAAGGUUUUGGCUCCCUGGGUCUAAUGACGUCAGUGUUGGUGUGUCCUGAUGGGAAGACCAUUGAGGCAGAGGCAGCCCACGGCACUGUGACACGGCACUACCGCCAACACCAGAGGGGCCGACCCACCAGCACCAACCCCAUCGCCAGUAUCUUUGCCUGGACCAGAGGGCUGGAACACCGAGGGAAACUGGAUGGAAACCCAGACCUCAUCAGGUUCUCCCAGACUCUGGAGAGGGUGUGUGUGGAGAUCGUGGAGAGUGGUGUGAUGACCAAGGACCUGGCCGGCUGCAUCCACGGCCUGGCCAACUGCAAGCUGAAUGAACAUUACGUCAACACAUCCGACUUUCUGGACGCCAUCAGGACCAACCUGGACAAGGCUCUGGGCAAGUGAAGAGGAGGAGGACAACACCAACACCACAAAACAAACUAACACUACCUUAGAUUAGAUCUGUGUUGCUGCCAUGUUGUGGUGUCUCUCUGUAGUGUUGUGGUGUUUCUCUGUAGUGUUGUGGUGUCUCUCUUUAUGUAGUGUUGUGGUGUCUCUCUUUAUGUAGUGUUGUGGUGUCUC